AUCUGUGAUUUUACUGUGGUGACCUCUUUGUUGCCUAUCUACCCUGAACCUCUGUUUUCCACCCCUGCUUGCGAUCAGAGAUGCCGGGGUUGGAUUCAUCGCCUAGUGGGUGCAGUAUUUCAACAUAAUAUGAAACGGCGUUGACAAAACUGUGGAAAACAUUGGAAGACUCCCACCAGAUUUAUUGGCAGAAACAGUAAGGACAUCCUGUAUCUGUCAUUUCUCUUGGCAUUAAUUGAGAAAGAUGAGACGCUUGAAAUAGUACCACGUAUUUUUCAGCAUUACUGAUUGGAGUGAUAGGCCAAUCCAGAGCCAUAUACACUGACAAUACCAUUCCUUUUUAAAAACACAUUUCUGGUAUUGAGUUGCCCUCAGAACAGCCUCAAUUCGUCAGGGACUCCACCAGUUAUCAAAAGCGUCCCACAGGGAUGCUGUUGAUUCCAAUGCUUCCCACAGGGAUUUUGAGUGAUGGAUCAUUCUUGAUGCAACUGCUGCACAUAAAAAAAACAGCAGCGUUGCAGUUCUUGACACAAACUGAUGCAGCUGGAACCUACUAUCAUACCCUGUUCAAAGGAACUUACAUUUUUGUUGCCUUACCCAUUCACCCUCUGAAUGGCAAACAUACACAAUCCAUGUCUCAAGGCUUAAAAAUCCUUCUUUAACCUGUUUCCUCCCUUUCGUCUACACUGAUUUGAAGGGGAAUUAAUAAGUGACAUCAAUACAGGAUCAUAGCUUUUACCUGGUCAGUCUGUCAUGGAAAGUGCUGGCGUUCUUAAUGUUUUGUAUACUCAGAGUUAGGCCAGGCCACCAUGUACGCACCCAUAUAGAACUUAAUUCUCGAAAUGUUGGCGACGUAAUAACACGAGAGCAACUCUGACAGGAGACGGGGUCAAGGCUAGAAGGGUUUCCAGCUUUUGUCAAAUUAACAUCAAAAGUUAAUAUUUUGUGUUAUAGCUAAACCUUUUCCAAACCUUAACCGAACUCCUAACCUGCUACUAAAAGUCAAAUCUAAUGUAAAUUUGACUAACUGGAUCCCUUCUAUGAAAUGACCCGCUGUAAACAAGCAAAACAGAGCAGUGAAUUCAAGACGUUUUUAUUGAUUAGCAUUCGGGAUAAUGGGUAUCCAAGUCUUUAAUGUGUUGUAGUGUCACUGGAAUUCUUCAUAGGUUGAAGAACAGAAACAGAACAACACAGAAGGAUUAAUUAUCACUUAACAAUGGCUAUGGAGGAGAAAUUGUCACUCAGAACGUUCAACCGCAUUGGCAUAACUCUUCUCUCAUAUAUAUAUAUAUAUAUUUAUAUAUAUAUAUAUAUAGUUGAAGUCAGAAGUUUACAUUCAUCUUAGCCAAAUACAUUUAAACUCAGUUUUUCACAAUUCCUGAGAUUUUAUCCUUGUAAAAAUUCCCUGUUUUAGGUCAGAUAGGAUCACCACUUUAUUUUAUGAAUGUGAAAUGUCAGAAUAAUAGUAGAGUGAUUUAUUUCAGCUUUUAUUUCUUUCAUCACAUUCCCAGUGGGUCAGAAGUUUACAAACACUCAAUUAGUAUUUGGUAGCAUUCAUUCAUCAAUUCACGUGUGCCUUUAUUUAUCUAUUUAUAUGUGCAUGCUUUUAUUUCAAAUGAUGACAGGUUUGGUCUAUACAUCUAUACUGGCACCGACUACACUUGUUCAGCUGCAUCACCAUUGACAGAAACAAAUAAAAAACAUUUGGACCAAAUAUCCCAAUAGUGGUCGGUAGACCAUAGUCAUAUGUAUUAGAGUGCAUCGAUACAGCGACCGACCAGUCACAGUCGGAUGUAUUGAAAUACAAUACUUUUGUAUUAGAGAGUGCAUCAAUGCAGCAGUCAUAGUCAUCAGUCACCAUUUCAGGAGCUGUUGUUAUUGAGGAUGUGGUUCUGAUAAUCUCCUCAUGCAGUGUCAGCAGAUUCUGAGUCAUCUCCAAGGACAGGUCAGGGGAGUGGAUUCCGCUGAAAUCUCUGAUAAGUUUCAAAGAGCUGGGAUCCGACUUGACCAAGAGGCUCUACAGGAGGUUGUGCAAUUUCUCUUCUUAACGUUCAGGUCGACUGAAAAGAACAACCUCUCUGCUGAUGUACUGGUAACUAGGCUGGGAGAGGGCAGCAGUAAGUGGUCCAAAGCUGCCCUUCAGGUGCUCCAUCGGCUAUGGAGUGAUCAGGGUGCCCUAGUCAACACGCACCAACAGUCCCAAGCCAUGCUUAGCAUCGGACAGCUGGUGGACAUGCAGUGGAAGCUGGGCAUGGCGGUGAGCUCGGACACCUGUCGCUCUCUCAACUCCCCCCACGUCUCCCUCCUGUUGAAGAUCGCAGACACCUCUGGACAGAUCUCCCAACGGUCCUUUGAAAUGACCAUUGCACAAUUCCAGAACUUCUACAGGCAAUUCAAGGAGAUGGCAGCUGUUUUGGAAACAGUAUGAUGUUCUGUGGCCCAGAAACCCCUCCUUGAUGAGAAAGCCACGCCCUUAUUUACAUUAUUGGUAAUGUUUACGCUCAAAGCAUUUUGUGUCCACGAAUGCGGAAUUCCAGUGGUGUAAAAAUACUUUAAAGUAUCUGUACUUUACUAUUUAAAUUUUUACUUCACUACAUUCCCAAAGAAAAUUAUGUACUUUUUACCCUAUACAUUUUCCCUAACACCCAAAAGUACUCGUUACAUUUUGAAUGCUUAGCAGGACAGAAAAUGGUCUAAUUCGCACACUUAUUAAGAGAACAUCACUAGUCAUCCCUACUGCCUCUGAUCUGGCAGACUCACUAAACACAAAUGCUUUGUUUGUUAAAAAAAUAAAAAUGGAGUAAAACCUGCCUCAGUCUACUGAAUACCUAACCCUGGGAUAGUUUUAUUUUUCUGUGCGACAAUACACCAGAAUGGCUUUCCAAGAGAUUGCGUGGUCCGGUCUUAAGUCAAUCAAUGAACCCCAACAAAAUUGACUGAGCUCGAGCAAUUUUGACAAAACAAUGGAUAUACAGGUAAUUGGGCCACCAUGAGCCAGAACAGCUUCAAUGCGCCUUGGCAUAGAUUCUGCAAGUAUCUUGAUCUCUAUUGCAGGGAUGAGACAUCCAUUAUUUUUGGUGUUUUGUUGGUAGUGGUGGAAAACAUUGUCUCAGGCGCCGCUCCAGAAUCACCCAUAGGUGUUCAUUUGGUUGAGAUGUUGUGACUGAGAAGACUGGCGUAUGAUUUACAUUUGUUUUCAUGCUCAUCAAACCAUCACUCAACUCUGAGGUGUACAUUUUUUAAUUUAAGUAAAAAUAAAAUACAAAUUUCACUUUGAACAUGUGGAUCAGGUUGUGUAGAUUUAGUAGGGGGGAAAACAAUUGAAUCCCUUUUUAGAUUUUUGAAAGCUGUGAAAGGGCUGUGUAGUAUGGUUAAGAAAGGGUGUGCGGUCUGGCUGAUUCCGAACUCAAAGUCCUCCUAACUUCAGAGUGUGGGUAGGCUGUUUGACGUCGGCACGAUGCAACGGAAAUGAAGGUGGCUGUGCUUUUACUGUUUGGUUCUCCUUUCUCACUCAAACACCCACAUGGACAGCCCCCUUCCAUUACAACUGAUGGAUUUUCAAAUCCAAACUAGAAAUAGAAGCUCCCUCUAUUUCUGAGCUAAUAUUGUACCAACAAGCAAACUCCUGUCCAGAACAGUGGGGUACAACUCUCCCUCGCUGUGUACCAUGUGGGCUGCGUCGGCCAGGCUAGUGAGUGUGCACUUGGGAAGAAACAGAUCACUCAAGUUGUUUCUUUAAUUCCCAAGUGCAGCGUUAACUAACUUAUUUCAUGGAUAUACCUGGUGGUGCCUAUUAUUCUUAUUUGUGCCAAAUCACCUGUGCUCUUAUUCUAUAUUUUGAAUGAUUUUGAAAGCAGCUGUUACUUUUAGUAAUGUGUUAUGCAUUCUUCUUGAUGUAUACAUUAAAUAUUCCUUUGCCUUUUACUUAUUUUUGUUGCACUUUGACCCCAGGGUACUACACCUUUAUCUGUGAUGUUGUCUGUCGUUUUCAUCACGAAUGGACUAAAUAACAAGUACAAUUUGUUUCAUUUGAUACAGACAGCCAUUUGGUUUUGGGAUCACUUCCAUUUCAAUUCAGGAGAGAAAUAGAUUUGCUAAUCCCAGGUGAGAGUGUGAGCUAUUAUAUGUUGCUGAUAACUGUGGCCCCUUAUGUGUGUGCACCUUCAAAGGUUAGCUUUCAGUAUUAGCCAGAAACGGACAGUUCCGGGAAAAUGCCAGAUGGGCUGGUCUAUCUUUAGCCCAGUGGGCUUGUCUCAAUUGAGGGUUUUGCACGGAAUUAUUAUUUGGCUAAUAAUGGGGCCUCAAUGGAAAAAUGGGCAGGUGUGGGGGCCUUCUAGGAAAAACAAAUAUGCUGAUGGGUUAGAAAUGCCCUGGCAGAUGUCUGGUUCCAGGAUAAAGCUGCCAGGAGGGGUGGAGGUAGUGAAAGGCUCCUGGGGGAAACCUUUUUCUGUGUUGUUUUAAAUAAACACCAUUAACCAAUGUAUCACACUUGUCUGAUCUGUGUAAACGUCUAGAUCAAACCCCUGGUCUGCCACAGUACGUGUGUGUGUAUAGUGCAUCUGUUAUCGUAUGUGUGUAUAGUGCAUCUGUUAUCGUGUGUGUGUGUGUCUGCACCUAUGUUUAUGUUGCUUCACAGUCCACGCAAUUCCAUAAGAUGUAUAUUUACCUGCUUUUUAAAUCAGAUUCUAUUGCUUGCAUCAGUUACCAGAUGUGGAAUAAAGUUCUAUGUAGUGAUGGCUCUAUGUAGUACUGUGUGCCUCCCAUAGUCUGUUCUGGACUUGGACUGCGUCUUUUACCCUGUUUAAUUGGCAUAUAUACCUUAUAUUAGCCCACCUAAAGCUUUGCUAGGUUUCAUAAACAACCCUUUUAAUUAAAAACACUUUAAAUAAACUCAGCAAAAAAAGAAA